CUUGCAAGCCGGCUGCUUGAUGGUAAGCCGCGUGCUCGCGCCUUCUUCAUCUUACUCGAUCAAGCGUGGGGGUAGAGCGGUCGCGCGCCUCGCUACUACGUCACAGAGUCUACGUCACUGGUGAACCGAGAACCACGUUCUCGGGAGGAAAGGGGUAGGUGGAGAGUGUAUAUAUACGUCCAUUUCUCUCUCUCUCUUUCUCUCUCCAUCUCUCACUGCAUAUAAUCUCGCAUUCCCAUUCCUACUCUUUUUCUCUCUUUCUCUCUCCCUCCCUCCCCCUUUCCCUUUUGGUCACUCUAUCUCUAUCUAUCCAACUGUCGAAAGAUAUCGGCUGGGUUGCGUUCUCGGCGGCGCGCGCGCGAAGGGCAACUUGGUGGGGGUUGCAAGCGAGCGCGCGCACGAAGGAAAGAGAGAGAGAGUGAGAGAGAAGAGUAUAUAGAAUAGUGGUGGGGGUAAGGAGCGCGAUACGGCGCACAGAGAGCGGUCGCGUCCGCACGGACGACACACAGAAAGUGUUGCGCUCGCGUGUGCGCGGAAGAGAGACAGCAGAGUCGAGAGCGGGGAUUGGCUGGCGGACGGCUCGACGCUUCCAAAUAUGGGACAGUCUCCGCGGUCCAUUCAUAAAACUACGGGGCGCGCCGCCGCUCGGCUCAGUUCGUGCGCGACCCCCACGCAUCGCGCGUUCUUUCACGAUCCCUUUCGCGCUCUAACUCGUGCCUCCGCACGAACUUAACACACACAUACACACGCGCGCGCGAGCGCGCGUGUUAACCAAGUGAGAAAGAAGAAAGAGAGAAAGAGAGAGAGAGAGAGAGAGAGAGAGAGAGGAUACCAAAAGAGAUACUGUGAGAUAGAGACGCGUACUCGCGCGCCCACACACGAUUCGCUAAGACUCUCCUCUUCUCUCUGUGUUUGAUACACGCGUGUCUCACCAUCCAUCUGCAGUGUGUGUGUGUUUGUAUAUUUUUCAAAGUAGCUUUGUGUAUAAGUAAUAUAUAAGUAUAUAUAUAUAUAAAUAUAUAUAUAUAUAUAUGUGUGUGUGUGUAUGUGUGAUCAUUCCGUAUAUGAUACACUCGUGUAUUAUACGAGAUACAUCUCGGUAUAUACGUGAACGAAGAGAAGUGACAAGACGAAAAAGAGAGAGAAACAAUCGUGUGCUCGCUUGCAUUUAAGCAAAUUUCGGCACCUAUCAACAACAACAAUAACAAUAAUUUUACUUAUUCUUUAAUAUCGUUAUUGUUAGUACACCCUCUUGUCUAAUAUAAGCAAAGAAUCACGUAAAAAAGAAUUCCCUUUCGAGUUAGUGAACUUUAUUCUUGAUUACUCAGCAAAGAACCUAUCGGUGAUCAGUGUGAUAAUAUUUUGAUAGGCAGGAAGAGUGACUCUCUCCUACCACUAAAAGGGAGAUAGAGAGAGAGAGAGAGCUACCUGCCUACCUUCUUACCCACCCCCCGUAGUCCUCCCUCUUCUCGUGUCGAGAGGGAGGCGAACGCGUCGAGAAGUUCGUAGUAUCGGCGCGACCGGUGCUGGAGGAGGAUACGGGAGAGGCGAACCGGACACCGGAUCGUGCCGAGAAAGAAACAAAUAAAAAUAAAGAAAGAGAGAGAGAAGCUGUCUGGUGCUCUCAGUUUGUCGCGGUGUUGUUCCGCUGGUACGUGCCAUCGCGGUACUUGUCGUCAUCUUCUUCGUCGUCGUUGUCGUCGUAUUGCUAGUGCGCGCGCGGAGACAAGUUUUUCCGGACGGCGUCGAGUUAUCUCGCACCUUUAAACAAGCUCAUAAACGACGUGGUACGCGCGUGUCGGAACGAAUGGGAAAAAGGGAAGCGCGCGCGUGUACCGAGUGAUCGAGACCGCUACUAAUCUAGUGACGUAGACAAGAAGGUACGAUUGAGAGAGAGAAAGAGAGAGAGAGAAAGAGAGAGAGAGAGAGAAAUUUUCGCGAAUAGAGGGGGCUAGUUUAAUUAAAAGGGUUUGUCGCGGGACGCGACUCUAGGUUUUCUCGUCGUUACGUCUUUAAACCAACCGAGGAAGGAUCAAGUGGUAUAACCAUAAUAAUUGCGUUGAACAAUACGACCACAGGCGAGGACACGCAGUGCGCCAGUACCGGCGGCGGCACCACCACCACCACUACCAACGCCGCUAGCAGUAACGCCGAGGAAUCCGUAGACACUCAGCCAGGAAACCAGCUGCUCCAGAGGAUGACGAUGGACGGCAUGGAGGUGGUGGGCUCGCAACCUCACGCGGCCACCAGCCCUUUCCUCCUGUCUUCGCCGCCUUUAGGACACCAUCAUCAUCAUCACCACCACGCGACCUUCAAUUUGCAAACGGUACAGCUAAGUUUCGACGCCUGUUUACCGUACAACGCUUCUUCCUCAACGUCGGCAUCGGUGGGCUGCGGUGUCGGCGCUUCUUCGAGCCCUGCCAGCACAGGAUCCUCUUGUACAUCCUUGGCAACAGCCUCGACUAAGAUCAUCCCGACCCUCUCGUUAACCUCCUGCGUGCCCUUGCACUCGCAGCAUCAGAACAACUCGUCCGACUCGUCCGAUCACUCCCACGUCCGGCAUCAUCAUAACAAUCACCACCACCACCACCACCAUCAUCAUCGACUCGAUGAUCAUCAACAACAUCAUUGUCACGUCGAUACUCCUUGCUCGUCGCCGGGCGAUAUCAACGAUGUUACCAAGAGACACCGGCAACCGGAUGACAAUGAUAAAGAAUAUACUAGGAACUGCAACGACGAUCUCCAAGAUCCUAACGAGAAGGACAAACCUGGCGACCUGAACACGCCAGUUACCACCAGCAGCGAUCUACCAUCCUUCUUUGGCCCCUCCGCGCUGGUCGAACCGCCACCGAUCUCAGGUAGCCUGGCGGGCGAAGACCUCUCGUUGGAAGAGCCAACAGUGGAGGAAGAAGAGAACGGUGGUCCAACCAGUAGGGAUCAUCGUUCUCAUCAUCAUCAUCAUCACCAUCAUCAGGAAACGCAAGAUAGCGGUACGACAGGUGCACCCUCCUCUGACAGUCCGUCGCGUCAUCACCAAGCUCAGGAGGAUGCAGAUCGUUGCAACGUUCUUCAAGGUGGCGUAAUACUCUAUUCCUCGCCUCAUUCCACGUCGUCUUCGACGACUGCCGCAACAAGCGUAAACAUCUGCAACGUUCCGACCUUAACCUAUCGUGGAGUAUUUGCGACGACCUGCACGCAAUCUCCUCCGCUAAACAGUCUACAAACUCAACAGCAACAGCAGCAACAGCCACAGACAAGCAGCCAAGAACUUUGGGGUCCUCUACCCUCGCCGACAUUGACAUUGACCGGGCAAACUUUCCUUCACCCGACCCUCCAUUCAAGCCCCUACGGCAAUGAAACGGUCGAGCUACUGCAGGUCGAAUCGAAGCCACCCCCACCUCCCGGUUACCACGAUACACCUACUACCACCCCACAGACGUGGUUGGGACACGAAGUUGACGGGACCUACGACCCUGGUCUUCUCUCCCACCAUCACGCUCACCAUCAUCAUCAGGAGACUGUGCUGAAGCAGGAGCCAACGGGCACGAGCGGUUACCCCAGUACCGUCCAACAACCUCAACAGCAACAACAACAGCAACAACAACAACCUCCACAAUCCCAAGGACCGCAACCACAGCAACAACAACAGCAACAACAACAACAACAGCAACAACAGCAACAGCAGCAACAACAACAACAGCAACAACAGCAACAACCAGCGGGUACGUCCGGCGUUCAACUCGCAGAAUACAAUCCAAGCACGUCGAAGGGCCACGAGAUCCUCUCGCAGGUGUAUCAACAGAGCUCUAUACCACUCAGGCUAGUACCAGUAAAGCCAAGAAAGUAUCCAAAUCGACCGAGCAAAACGCCCGUUCACGAGCGCCCUUAUGCCUGCCCCGUCGACGGCUGUGACCGUAGAUUCUCACGAAGCGACGAACUAACGCGACACAUUCGCAUACACACGGGACAAAAACCCUUUCAGUGUCGUAUCUGCAUGCGCACCUUUUCGAGGAGCGACCAUUUAACCACCCACGUUCGCACGCAUACAGGCGAGAAACCGUUUUGCUGCGAUCAGUGCGGAAGAAAGUUUGCGAGGAGUGACGAGAAGAAGAGGCACGCUAAGGUGCAUCUUAAACAAAGAAUCAAACGAGAAGCUACGGGUCAUCCGAGAACACAUUCGCAAGCACACUCUUCACCAACGUGCAAUCAGUAACGAGCUGAUCAAAAUUUCCUUUCUUUCUGUAUUUGUCCAUCGCCGAUGUUGGCGCCGAUGUUGGCGCCGAUCAGCCUCCAUCUUUCCGAUCCGUCUGACCCCUCCCCUCCCCUCCCCCCAAUCACCAUCACCAUCCAUCUCUCCCUCUCUCUUUCUCUCUCUCUCUUUACUU